AUGUGUUUCAACUUUAGCAUAAAUUCUGUUUCGAAAUCAGCCAUUUUUUUUCUCGCUUCGAACUUUCAACAUGCAAAAAAAUGUAUUAAUUUAAGUUAUUUUAUUCAUUCACCUGCACCAAAAGAUAGAAAGAAGUUAUUGACUCUUAAAGUCAAAAUUUCGAAGCAUUACCCAUUUCAAGAUCCAAUACUCUACAAGAAAAAAACUUUAGGAGGUAAACAAUAA